AUGGCGGGCAAGAUGGUGCUGUACAAGCUAGUUGUGCUGGGAGACGGAGGCGUUGGGAAGACGGCCUUGACCAUACAAUUGACGCUGCAACAUUUCGUCGAGACGUAUGAUCCGACCAUCGAAGACUCCUACCGAAAACAAGUGGUGAUAGAUGGGCAGUCGUGUAUGCUGGAGGUACUCGAUACGGCCGGGCAGGAGGAAUAUACCGCGCUGAGAGAUCAAUGGAUUCGCGACGGGGAGGGUUUUGUUUUGGUUUACAGCAUAUCGUCCAGGUCAUCCUUCACACGGAUUCAACGCUUUCACAACCAGAUCCAAAGGGUCAAAGAAUCCUCGACAUCUUCCCCAUCAUAUCCCGGAUCCCCGAUAUGUUCGGUAGCGCCGUCAGCACCGGUCCCUAUAAUGCUUGUUGGAAACAAGAGCGACCGAGUCACGGAGCGGGAGGUCUCAACACAAGAAGGUCACGCCCUAGCACGGGAGCUGGCAUGCGAGUUUGUCGAGGCAUCAGCAAAGAACUGCAUCAAUGUGGAAAAGGCAUUCUACGAUGUAGUACGACAGCUGCGCCGCCAAAGGAUGCAAACCACCAUGAAGGCAGUCCAAGGCUCAGGCAGAGGGCAACGGACACAGACUGGCAGCGAAGGACCAGUCCGAGAUUCCAAUAGAAUCUAUCGUCCCGACAAGAAGCGCGGGAAAUGCACCAUAUUAUGA